AUGACGAACAAUCCGCGGCUCGACAAAGCCAUCGAGACGUACAAGGCUCUCACGAGCAUACCUACCGUCGACGCCGCAAUUCUUCACGCUCAUUCUUCCGGGACUGUGACGACACACCUGGAGCUCUCCCAACGAUCCCAUCUCUCGCUCAAACGCCAAAAGCUCUCACAAGACAUAUCGCUGCACAAUGGUCACAUCGUGACGGGCCGACCAUGCAUGUCAGGCGAGGAUGUCGUCUUUCGUUCACUGCAAUACUCGAAAGAUGAGCUUUACCAGCUCUUUGGGCGUAAAGCGGCAGCAGGCAGCAAAGCCAAGACGAGCAGAACGAUUGAGCUAUGGCGAGACUCUGACUUCCUCGGUGAAUGCGAUACGACGAAGUUGCAUGGCGAUAUGUACGCACCCGGUGGCACGCUCGGAACGGCAAGCUGGCAUUUCUCCCAGCACAAAGUCGCUUUCGUGUACAUUGCCGAGAAGCCAGAGCCAACGUUUGAGCAUGAGACGUCCCGAGAACCAUCGUCAUAUGCUUACGAUCCAACUUUCGGCGAGCAAUUCGAUGGCAAGAGACAUCCUCUACUCUUUCUCGUAACAUAUGACUUGGCAUCGCGCCAGCUAGAUUGCAAAGAAGUUACUCUAGACUCUCGCAAUUCAGUCAGACAUUUCGGGCAUUGGAUCUUCAAGACGGAUUCGUCCAGCGACGCUCUUGACCUUUACGGCACAGGCUUCGACCGGUUGCCGGACGGGCGUCAGCUCGGCCUCGUCUACUGUACAAACAGACCUGCCGGCAUCUAUCACAUCAAGCUGUCUGUUGACGAGACUUCGCUCAAGCCGACCCGGAUCAGCGAUCCUUCGAUGUCUUGUCGAAGUCCGCGGUAUCAUCCUGAGGCAGGGUUGCUGUACCUCUCCAAUCGACUCAGCGGACCGCACAACGGCUGCUGUCAGCUCUGGCAGCAUGGCAAGAGCAAGCCAGUCGUCCCAGAGGUAGCCCCACCCCCUGCAAGAGCCGAGCCGCCUGUUUUUGCUGGCAUCUAUGCCGAUCAGCUACCACUUCAGCCGUUCAUCAGACUGAAGGGCAAGCUGCAUGUUAUCCUCAAUACGAUAUCUCGUAGCCGCAAGAUCGUCGUCGCUGUCGAUGUACAGACUGGUAGCAUUCAGUGCCUGCCAAGCGACGGACCAGAGCUGUGUAGCUGGUCUGUUCUUGCGACCGACGGUGGUCAAUCUGCGCUAUGCUCGGUCAGCAGCCCGGCAGACCUACCGAGGCUCUACCUGUACGACGGCACGAAAUUCACCGCGCUGCAGAGCUCGCGAUCUACGCUGCCAUACGGUUUUGAAGGCUUACGAGCAGCCGUCAAGACCUUGACUGAUCGCUCAGAUUGUGAAGCGAUCAUCCUUCGUCCACCGCAAGGUCAUUCGAAUCCAGCUAUCGUGACUCCCCACGGUGGACCGCACGGAACGAUCACGACCGACUUUGUUGCAUCCUAUGCUGCUCUCGUGCAGGCCGGUUUCACCAUCGUUGCCGUCAACUAUCCAGGCUCGCUGGGAUUUGGCCAAGACAGCAUCGUCGAUCUCACGAAAGAGCUAGGCGAGUUAGACGUCAGUUCCGUCAUGGAGGUGCAACGUGCGCUGAUCAAGUCUGGCGAGCUACCGAGCGCAAGAGGAACUCGCUUCCUCACCGGGGGAUCUCACGGAGGGUUCAUCUCUUGUCACCUAUCAGCGCGAUACAGCUCCGAAUUCGAUGCCGUCGUUGUCAGGAAUCCAGUGACUGAUUUGCCGAGCAUGUUCGGCAAUACCGACAUUCCGGAAUGGUGCAUUGGCGAGCUAGAUUUAGACUAUGACAUGGACAAACCUAGGAAUUUCGUUUCUGACGAGCUGCAUAAGAAGAUGCGUAAAGCAUCGCCAUCUGCCCAUCUUACCCCAACAACGAAAACGCCGCCGACCUUACUGCUCAUCGGCGAGAUAGACCGGCGUGUGCCGCCAGAUCAAGGUCGGGCAUGGUAUCAUGCGCUCAAGGGACGGGGCAGUGAAGUCGAGAUGCUGGUCUUCCCAGACAACUCGCAUCCCCUCGAUAAACCAGAAGCCGAUCUAGCUGGCUUCCGCGCCUCGACCGAGUUCUUCCUCAAGCGAGCAGUGUUUGACAAUGCAACAUGA